CUCAGAUGUAUACGCGCCUUUAUGUUCUCAAAGUCUAGAUCUCAAGAAGUGCUCUUGCUUCUUUUUGCUUUACAAAAAAAGAAAAAGAAUAAAAGACGUUACUGGGUGCACGACAUUAAUAAGAAAAGAGAACAGUGUGGUGAAUACCAUCGCCUCUGUAUUGAACUGCGGUCGCAUGAGGACAAAUUCUUUCAAUAUUUCCGAAUGUCAAAGGCGUGCUUCGAAGAAUUACAUGAACUAAUAAAAGUAAAUAUUGAAAAAUGCACCACGAACUGGAGGAAACCAAUUGAUACAAGACAAAGACUGGCCAUCUGUUUGAGAUAUCUGACUACAGGCGAUAGCCAUCAGUCUAUCGCUUUUUGUUUCCGAUUAGGAUGGUCCACAGUAUCCAAAAUAGUGAAAGAUGUCUGA